UUUCUUUCUUCUUCUUGUUGGCUCAUUAUUGUCGGUCUUCAUUGCACGCUUGCGGUUUCCGUUUGCCUCGUAGAGGCCUCACCAAGCGUAUCACUUGACUCGAGGCAUGUGGCGGACAGUUUACUUCGUGAUUUCGAACCGGUCAAUUCGUGGACGAUUCCGAACGCUUCUUUGCAAAUAAAGUGAAGUAAGAAGAAAAGAUUCAUCGUUGAUGAUGGGGGUGCACGCCAGGAAUGUCAAUGACAGUCUUGGAAAUGCGUUAUCGACCAAAGGAGAAGUGUCGUGGUCAACGACAGAGGAACCCUUUACUCCCGAAGAAGAGGACGCGAUAGUAACGCUGGUGGUAGUCGUGAUCGGUAUCAUCAUAGCUAUAGUGAUAUUAUUCUCAAUGGGAAUAUUUAUCGAUUGCAAGCAUCAAAAGAAGGAUGUUUUAAAGAAAAAGAAAUUGAAAUUGAAAAUGCCACCGUUGUCUCGAAUGAGAAAAAAUCAAAAGGAGGACGCGAAAUCCUUGGCGUCGGAUAUGUGUCCAAACGGUGCUAGCGACGCUGGCUUUCGAACACGUGAUGUUAUAGUCUGACAUCUUUCGCGAUACGUCGAUUUUCAACGCGCAUAAGGAACGAAAUGCCACCGGUCCAAUUUCUUCGUUAAACACGAAGGAAGUCGUUAUAAGUACAGUUCGACGAAAAAUUAAAAAA